AUGUUUGAGCAUGUUGCUGACGUCACUAUUCCAACAGGCACCGUGUCGCCGUGGCUAGGAAAUUUGGCCGUCUGCUGGUUAGACACGCGGAAUAUUACAUAUAUGGGAAUUAUUCAAGGGAACAAUGUCCACAUUGGGCAUUGGGACAAUAAAACUGACGGUCCUGUUUCAUGGGACACGAUUCAUGCUGUUGCGUCCUCACCAAAUGAGCGUAGCUCCGAAAUUACCGCGCUUGGAAUUGUUCAUCCGAAUGCCAGAAACUACCCAAUUGUCGUCGUCGGCACUGUUAGCGACAUUCAAAUCUAUGACGUUCGCAAAUGCUCUUCUAAAGUUGUAUUCAAAAUUAGCCUUGAAACGGCUCUAAAAAUGGAACUAGCUAUGGAUAUCAACAGAGAUAUUGGCCCAUUUUGUCGUGGCGUUACCUGCAACGAUAACACCAUUCUUGUCGGCACUCAUUCCGGGGAAAUUGUGGUGAUUAUGUGUAAUGGAGAUUCCAAUUUCUCAACCAAAAGAAAUUUAAAAGAGCACACUCAUCCAAUAGCCGAUAUUGCAACGUGUCGCUACGACGAGAUCACUAUUAGUGGUUCUGCAAAUGGCGAAGUCAUUGUGUGGCAGAAGCCCGUUAAAGGAGUUCAAGCAAGAAUUGCGACCAAACAACAUAUUAGCGUUAUGAACAUAUUGCGAAAGCAGGUGAUAAUUGGCACUAUGCGCGGUAUUGUUCAGCUCUACUCCGUCGCGACCGGAGCUUUAAUGUGCGAAACCACAGCGCAUGCAAGAGUUGUGACAAGUAUUUCAAUUGCACCGGAAAGUGCUUAUGUCCUCACUGCAUCCGAAGACGGAGUGUUCAUUGUCUCGAAAUUGCACACUAGGAAACCACAUGCCUACCAACUUGAAUAUCGCUUUUCGAAGAAAGACUCCAACAGCGCGAUUGUCGGUGCUCAAUUUACAAACGGCCGAGGAAGUACUCUGGCUAUCGCCGCUUAUGAUCAUCCUCAUAUAUCAACGUUUAAAAUUUUCAAAAAGUCAGCUGCCAAAUCAGAAUAA